AUGGAAGGAACAAAUCACUCUAUGGUAUCAGAUUUUCUGUUCGUGGGACUCACCAACUCCUGGAAGUUGCAAGUACUUCUGUUUGUGUUUGCUUCAGUGUUUUAUAUGGCAAGCAUGAUGGGAAACUCCCUCAUCAUUUUCACAGUGGCUUCUGAUCCUCACUUACAUUCUCCCAUGUAUUUUCUGUUGUUGCCUUUUUGUGGACCAAAUAUUUUGGAUAGUUUUUACUGUGACCUUCCUCGGUUUAUCAGACUUGCUUGCAUAGAUACCAAUCAAUUAGAAUUAAUGGUAUCAGCCAACAGUGGAUUCAUCUCUGUAGGCUCCUUCUUCAUACUGGCCAUAUCUUAUAUUGUCAUAAUAGUCACUGUUCAGAAACAUUCCUCAAGUGGUUUCUCUAAGGCCAUGUCUACACUCUCUGCUCACAUCUCUGUUGUGGUCCUAACCUUUGGUCCCUUGAUAUUCAUUUAUUCAUGGCCUUCUCCCUCCACACACCUGGAUAAGUAUCUGGCCAUAUUUGAUGCAGUUGGUACUCCUUUUCUGAACCCCGUGAUCUACACACUGAGGAAUCAAGAAAUGAAGACAUCAUUGAAGAGAAUAUGUAGACAGUUACUGAAAUAUGGGAAGAUCUCCUAA